GCGAAGUUACAAGCAUGUUCAAGCUGAUACGAUGCAAUGCGCUCAAUGUAUGUUUUCCAUUAUCUCAUCAUAUCUAGUACGAUACAAACAUUAAAUAUCAUAUUUUGUCGUCUCGGUUUCUACUGGGCCUCGAGCUCUCGAGGCUCGUGAUGAUGGGUUAAGCGCGUCGUUGCCACGUGACUGGAACGUGACACGGAAAUUCGGAGGAGCGUUUACGACCGCGUGAAGCCUGAACGCUGAGUGUCCCACUGUGGGGUCCAAGUAAAUAACGAGUUCUACGCUUAGGUGCGCAUUCCCAGACCUUCCCCAAUCUUUGUUGUUGAUCAUCAUGGCACCCAUUUCAACACAAUGGACGCGGCUCAUUCGCUUUGUUGCUGCAGAGACCGCACAAAUCCAUAUCGGACAACCGGUUGAUCCCAGACUUGAUGUUGGCCUUGCUGCAUGGAACAAACAGACCAUCAGAGCUUAUGAGAUCUCUGGGUCUGCCUUUGACCCUGCCUCUCACGUUACGAGCAAUAUUUUGACAGUCGAGAAGCUUCUCUCUCCUCUCUCUCGCGAAGAGAUGAAGGUCGUUCGGUGCUUGGGUCUCAACUACUCGGACCACGCAGCAGAGACAAAAAUGGCUAAGCCUGCCGCCCCCAUCUUGUUUUACAAGCCCCUGGCGUCGAUGAUCGGUCCCAAUGCACCAAUCUUCAUUCCCAAGGUUGCUCAGCCUGUCGAAGAGCACCUCUCCGACUACGAAGUAGAACUCACCAUCGUCAUCGGAAAGGCGGCCAAGGAUGUUUCUGAGGCGGACGCUCUCGACUACGUCCUCGGGUACACUGGUGCCAAUGAUGUGUCAUUCCGCAAGCACCAGCUGACAACUUCCCAGUGGGGAUUCUCCAAAGGGUUCGAUAACACAACUCCCCUCGGUCCUGUUCUUGUGUCGCACAGCGCCAUUCCCAACCCCCAGGAAAUCCCGCUAACUUGCACGCUUAACGGCCAAGUCCUCCAGGACGGUAACACUAACGACCAAAUCUUCAAUGUUCGUCAAACGGUCUCUUUCCUCUCGCAGGGAACCACCCUGGAGCCUGGGUCGGUUAUCUUGACUGGAACACCCAAGGGUGUUGGUUUCGCGAGGAAGCCUGCCAUUGUACUCAAGAACGGCGAUGACUGCAGGGUAUGGUUGGGUCACGGUAUUGGCACACUCAUCAACCCUGUCGUUGAGGAGGGCCAUCACCAGGCGAAGUUGUGA